AACUGGUGAUACAUUGAUAGGUAAAAGUUGUUUAUAUUGUCAAGACAAUAGUUUAAAAGUUACUUUUUACCAGUUACUAGAGCGGAAAGCUAACUUUAUAGAAAUGUUAUUGAGUUUUCUAAAAUUGAGUCCUUUCUUUUAUCGAAAAAUUGAUGUUCAUAAAACUUUCAUUGUUUUACAAAGUGGAAAGAAAGUUUUUAUAAUGGCAAGAAACUUACUAGUCCCUAAGUACACAUAGGAAAGGGAUGAGAAAAUAAAGUACACAUAAGAAAGGAGUGAAAUAGUGGUGCAAUUUAUAUCACCUUCUAAUACGGAGAAAUUCAGGACUCCUAACAAUAUUUGGCUAUUUUGUAAGAAAUUCUUUUCCCAACACCCAAUACCAUUCAAAGUUUGAGUUAUUUUUCAUUUUCAACUAGAAAUCCGGAAGCUGGUUCAAUAUUUUAUACUACCAAUUAUAUAUUAAGUCAUUGAAAAGAAGUUUCUUAAUUAGUAAUCCAAUUUUUUGAUUUUUUACAAAGUGGACAGAUUGUUCCAAAUACGCAUAGGAAAAGGAGUGGACAAGCGGCGCUAUGUACUUUUUUAUAUUUCUCGAUACCACCUGAUAACAACAGAAAAGUUGAAGAAACUAAACAAAAAAUUUCAGUUCUUUUCUUUUUCCUAACACCGAAUUCUACUCAAACAAGGAAAAUAUAUAGGAGAUUGAUCAGCUACGUACUAUAAAAUCUUCUUUUUUCCCCACUAUUAGGCAUCACAAUGGUGAUAAGUCAUUCAUCAAGAGAAAUAAUGAAAAACAGACCAACAAAAUAUAACAAAAAGCUAAAAAAGAGAGUUGUCAAUUCCUCCAAUAUCAAAUCUCUUCCGAAUGAGCUGCUCUCUGAAGUUAUUGCAAGAGUUGCUUUCUCUUCUUUUACAGAUUAUAUCAAUGCCAAGCUGAGUUGUAAAAUCUUCAAUGGAGUUUCGAACGAUCAAUAUAUUUAUCGUCACAUGUCAAUGGAGGAAUUCCCUCUAGGACCUCCAUGGAAAAGAGACAAGGAAGAGAAGGAAAAAAAGGUUUCUUUGUUCAUGAGAAUGUGUAGAGAGAAUGGGAAUGCUGAAGCGUUGUACCGAAAAGGUGUGAUUGAUUUCUUUCGGAAAGAAAGGCCAAAAUAUGCAAUAGAAUGCCUAGUUAAAGCUGCAGAAGGAGGACACCUUGGAGCAGAAUAUGUAAUAAGCAUAAUCCAAGUUUUGAUAGGUGGAGAAUUAAAGGAAAAUGGCAUAGCUGCGAUUGGCAAAAUGAAAGCAAACAAGCCAAUGAGGAGAGCAUUAGGAGAGUACCGAAAAAACUUGGUUGAAAUAUUGAAUAGUAUUUGGGUAGUGAAUCCAAUUUUCUUGGCACAAAACCCAUAUUGCUGCACCCUUCAUUAUAAGCGCUCUUACAAAAAUAAGUGGCGUCAAUGGCCUUCUUUUGACAGUGACGACGAAGAUGAUGAUGAUUUUCGUUGUGAUGCUUGUAGUUGUGAUGAAGAAGUUGCACACCUCCUCAAAAUUCUGCCCUUGUAUUAGUAUUUUUUUAACAAAAAAUUCUUUCCUUUUGUAUUUACUAAUGUGUACUCUGGGUGUGGGAUGGUUUUUUGUCAAAUAUAAGUAUCUCAUAUAUA